CAAAAAUUUCCAAGUACAUAAUCACUCUGCCAUAAAGGAACCCUUACUAAGUGGUUCUUUACGUUUGUAUAGGCUUAAGAGCCGAAGCAAAGCACCGUUAAAAUUUCAAUUCAGGCCCAGCAGCAUUUCAAACUUUCGAUGAGCAAACUGAGUCGUUUCCACUCCGUAUCUUCGUAUGCUGUCCAGAUGCCGCUCAUCUUCAAGCCCUACCAUCCUUUUCAAACGGCAGUUGAACUUCCCGCCAACCACUUUCUCAGUUCUAAGCAGCCAAAAUGCCCAAAAUCAAGAAGACCCAUUCUACAUAGCCCAUUCACCUCUUUCUUUGGGCAGACUGAGAGCCAAAAUGCCUCUUUCCGCAUCUACCCAUUUAACUGAUCCUCAAUCGGCACCUUCUUUUUGCUCCGACGCCCUCAGAGUCUCAGCCAAAAUGGGUUUCCUUCCCGAAGGAAAACAGCUGCAUGCACAUAUGAUAAAGUUGGGUUUGUGUAAUGUGUUGGCCUUACACAAUCAUCUUUUGAAUGUUUAUUUUAGAUGUCAGGAGUUUGAUGAUGCAAAGACACUGUUCGGUGAAAUGCGUGCUAGAAAUGUGGUGUCGUGGAAUACUGUGAUUUGUGGUGUUGUUGACUGGAGAAGUAAUAAUUGGCGGAGUCUGUAUCUGGGGAUUUCUUACUUUAGGAGAAUGUUGUUGGAAAGGGUAAGACCAGAUGAUAUAACUUUUAACAGUUUGUUUCGUGCAUGCAUUGAGUUGCAUGAUGUUGUGAUUGGUAGACAAUUGCAUUGUUUCAUUAUUAAAGUGGCGCUUGACUCUCAUAGUUUUGUUGGCAGCGCUCUCGUCAAAUUGUACGCAACCUUUGGCCUGGUGGAAGCUGCUAAGCGGGCUUUUAAUGCUGUUCUGUUUAGAGAUUUGGUUUUGUGGAAUGUCAUGUUGUCUGGCUAUGUUUCAAAUCGUUUGGUUAAAGAUGCUUUUGGGGUCUUCAAUUUGAUGCAGUUGGAAGGUGUUAAGGGGGAUGAGUUUACAUUUAGUAGCCUGAUGAGUUCCUGUGGUGCUUUGGGAACUUGUGAUUUGGGAAAGCAGAUCCAUGGCCUUAUUGUUAAAAAGUCUUUUGAUUUAGACGUUCAAGUGGCCAGUGUAAUAAUUGAUAUGUAUGCCAAGAAUAAAAAUAUAGAUGAUGCUCGGAAGGCUUUUGACGGGAUAGCCAUUAAAAAUGUGGUGUCUUGGAACACUAUGAUUGUGGGCUAUGGACAGAAAGGAGAUGGGAAGGAAGCUAUGAAGCUUCUCCGGGGAAUGUUACAAACAGAUCUCUGUCUUGAUGAGUUAACUCUUUCUAGUAUCCUUAGCUCAUGUGGCAAUGUGUCUGCCACUUGUGAAAUUAUGCAGAUUCAUGCUUGCACCAUUAAGUUUGGGUUUCAAGUUUUCCUAUCAAUUUCCAAUGCCCUGAUAAAUGCAUACUCCAAGUGUGGUAGCAUCCAUGGUGCAUAUCAAUGUUUUAGCUCUGUUUUGAAGCCUGAUCUAGUUACUUGGACCUCAAUUUUAUGCGCAUAUGCAUUCCAUGGUCUUGCCAAAGAAGCUACUAACUUAUUUGAGAAGAUGUUAUCUCAUGGCAUGAGGCCAGAUCCAGUCGCCUUUCUUGGGGUUCUAUCUGCCUGUAGCCAUGGGGGGCUGGUAGAGAAGGGGCUUCAUUACUUCAAUUUAAUGAUCAAUGACUACCAAAUUGUGCCAGACUCAAAUCAUUUUACCUGUCUUAUUGACCUCCUUGCUCGCUCUGGUCUUUUGGAUGAGGCAUUUAGUGUUUUGGCCUCCAUGCCAAUAGAACCUGGGUCAGACACCUUGGGAGCAUUCAUUGGGGCAUGUAAAGUCCAUAAAAAUCUCGAACUAGCAAAAUGGGCUGCAGAAAAGUUAUUUACAUUGGAGCCAAACAAGCCUGUGAAUUAUGCUCUAAUGUCUAACGUGUAUGCUUCCCAAAGUCGCUGGUUUGACGUGGCUGGAGCACGCAGAAUGAUAAGGGACAGAUGUGAUUCCAAAGUUCCUGGCUGUAGCUGGGUGGAGAUUGCUGGUAAUGUUCGUUCGUUUGUGUCAAGUGAUAAAUCCCACCCAAAAUCUCUGGAGGUGUAUGCUAUAUUAGGAACACUGCAUAGUUUGAUGAAGGAUGAUAACCAUAUGUUGAAUGUAAAACUCUACAGCUGACGGUAUUCUAGGCAACUGUAUCGUUAACAUCCUUUGCUAAUCCCGAAUUCAACUUCGAGCACCACAGGCCACGAGUGGUCAGGUUGCACAUUCUGAGGUUAAGAUUGGCUAGUAUUAUAAAGUCAUUAUGUUUUAACGUCCUGAAACAUAAUAAUUUCUCCAGUUGUCCAUUACAUAAUUAUAUUUACAAAUGUUGGUCUAACAUGGAUCUUUCAUUAAUAUUACUGUUAUUACCAUGA